GUGUAGGUGAAGGAACGGAGAGAAGAUCGCUUUAGACUUGAUGCACUCAGUACCAGGACACUGACUUCAUCCGGAAAACCACAACAAAGAUGGCGGACCAACCUUUCCGUCAAAGACUUGAGCUCCAGGUCACAUCCAAUCGGCUUGCGUUCUGCUCUUCUUGAAACAUGUCGCCCAUGAAGCUGUGUGUUCCAGGUGAUAGGCUAUGCAGCACAGAAGACUGUAUGCCCGGUACUGGGGUGUACCUACGACACGGCUACAUCUACUCCUCGCUAGCAGGCUACGUACUCAGGAAGAACGAAGGAGAGGAGCUACCAGUCAUCUCGGUGGUGAGAGAAACCGAGGCUCAGCUACUACCAGAUGUAGGAGCCAUAGUGACCUGUAAGGUGACCAGUAUCAACCCCAGGUUUGCCAAGGUCCACAUCCUCUACGUUGGUUCCACACCACUGAAGGACCGUUUUAGAGGAACCAUCAGGAAAGAAGAUGUACGAGCAACAGAAAAAGACAGGGUGGAGACGUAUAAAAGCUUCCGUCCUGGAGACAUCGUCCUGGCUAAAGUCAUCUCCCUGGGAGACGUCCAGUCCAACUACCUGUUGACCACAGCAGAGAACGAGCUGGGGGUGGUGGUAGCCCACAGUGAAGCAGGAGCCCAGAUGGUGCCUAUCAGCUGGUGUGAGAUGCAGUGCCCACGGACGCACGCCAAAGAGUUUCGCAAGGUGGCCAGGGUGCAACCUGAGUACCUGCAGGCCUGAGCAGGGACCAGUGGGCGGCGUGCACCCCUCCAGCCCCCCCGGCAGGGACCCCUUUCCCUUCCUCAAGGAACACACAGCUUCCCUAUCUCUGAUAGAGACAAACACACUCACACUUGGAUUGUGAACGAUACAUUGUGAGUACAAAGGACCAAAUACUUUAGAGGUCAUGUAGAUGCUUGGACAUGAGUACACGGGUCAUUGACUUGACACACACACACACACACACACAGAGCCUUGUGUUCAGAGAUACCUCAACACACUCACACACACAGAACCUUAUGUUCAGGGGGGAUACCUCAACAGUAGAUUCCUCCCUCUACAACCUACAGCAAGGCAGCCUUUUUCUCCUCCUGGUUCUGGAGGGCUACAGUAGAGGUGCAGGAUUUUGUUCCAGCCCAGCACUAGGACACCUGAUUCAACUGAGGGCCUUGAUUGGCUGAAUCAGUCUUGUUAGUGCUGGGUUGGAACAAAAGCGUGCACCCCAUCUAGCCCUUUAGAAGCAGAAAUAAAUAACACUGAUCUGGGGUCACCUUCUGAUCCCAUACCCUUCUCCCUGAACUGUGCUCUCAUGUAUCCCCCAUGGAUUUACUAGCAUCUCUCCUCCACCAGUCCUUUCAAAUCCAUGAGGGGUAGUGAAUGAGUGCACACUUUGGGGGGGGGUUAUAGAAUCAGACCACAGCCCUGGGGUGACAGUCACCAGUACAGACAGGCCCAAUUCCAAAUCGACCCUUAUACCCUACAUGCUAGUGAGUAGGGCUUGAUUUGGGAUUGGGCCUUAAGACGGCUAACAGUUGGGGAUGUUGAAGCGAAGAGCUGGAAUUGAAAGUGUCGUUUUGUGGCGGCACCGUUGGACUCAUACGACCACGUGGACCUUUCUGCACCAAGUCAGAGAAACGGAGACGUCUAGUUGGUUCUCUCCGAGUUGUUUCUUCUGUCGUUUCUAAACAAUACCACUUGUUUCUUCGUCUCUCUCAUUUCUUCCUGUACUUGUCAGCAGAGGCAGAGUCAAAUAAAGUGUAUCAUGUAUGAACUACUCA